UUUUUUCUUUGUUCCCUUGUUCUCUGCUUUUUUCUUCUUGUUUUCUCCUCUUUGGAGAUAUUUUCUCUCUUGUGCUUUCCUCUUCCUCUUCCAUGGAGCUCGUUUUACUUGUUUGUUUAUGUGGGUGGCAUAGAAUAGGAUAGAAUCUAGCUGGGUCGGUCUUAUCCUCCUGAUGCAUGUUGAGUUUUCGAAUCGUUGCUUCGCUUAUCACUGCUUCUUCCUUUUAUUGAAGUAGGCAUGGGCACGUCCCCAUGAAAAAUCUUUCCCCCGUUGCUUGUUUUGUGGCAUGGGGUCGUGUAUUUUCUUGCUUCCGCUCUUUUGGCUGUGAGUUUCUUUGCUCUUUGGUGUAUAUACAUCUGCUUCGCCGCACUUUUAUCAUGCUUAUUCUCUUGGUUUAAAUGACGGUCCUUCUAUGUUUGCGGAAAUUUUCCGUUUUUUCUGGAACGCAUAGGAAGGAUUUCUUCUGAAUUUGUCGAGGCCCCAUAUGACCCUUUUUGAUUCUUGUUUGAACGAGUCAUGGCCAAGAUGGGGUCGUUGAGAAAUUUUUAUUAAAGGGUCCUUUUGGCACUUGUGUUUUGGCUGAUUCAUUGGCCAGUUGGAGUUGAAACUUGAGACCCCCACCACACCCUCAGGCCAUCUGUUCCUUUUUGUUUCUUGUUUCGAUCUGUUGCAUGUUGUCCACUUGUACAAACUCUGAUCCACCUGUCUCAUGUAUUGACUGGAGGACAUAACGUUAGCACUCUUCUGAGCUUUUCUGGAGUUAGGGUUCUUUUUCUUUUCAAUUCGUUUUCUUUUUUUCGUUGCCCUUGUCACAUGAAUCCGGUGAAUUGCAUUUCUGGACCAGUACAUUGGAUCUGCUACUCCCUGUGAAUCCCAUUUGUUGGGUCAAUCUGGGUUUCACAUUAGAAAUGAAUUUAGCCAUAUCACAUUCCAGGUUGUGAUGCAUUCUUGGAACACUCGUGCAUGCUUAACAUUUGACUGCGGAUACAAGCGAUCUCUGUGGUGAUUGCAAAUGCUAGCUUUGUCUGAUAUCUGAAUGAGUUGAGGGGAGUUCAUUUCUUGUUCACUGUCUACUUGGAUUUGGAUCACUUUGUAAAUUGCUGAAACUAGAUGCCUAUAAGAAUCCAGAACUUGCCAAAGAAAAGUUUCGGUCAAGGUUCAAUCCUUUCAAUGCCUCGUGCCGGGGUAACUUACCCAUCAUGGUGGAACCCAAAUGAACAGCAACUUCCGCCAUCUUUGCCCACAAAUAGUGGCUUGAAAGUGGAAUCUCCACACAUGCUCCAUCAUCAAGCGAAGCCUUUAUGUCUUCAAAUACAAGAACAGGAAUCAUCUUCAACUCAAUCAGCUGGCAAUUCUUGCCAUGAAGUGAGCAUCGUGGGUGGGGCCAACUCUCAAGAUCAAAGCAUUUCAUCUGAAUCUGGUCAAGAUGAAAGUUGUGGCAGGAGCUUUGAAGGUCAGACAAAGCCAAUUUUCUUGUUCAACAAUCCAGAGAUUGUCUUUAAUACGUCACUACCUGAUCAAAGCCAACCUCUGAUUCGUGUUCCAUAUCCCCCAGUUGAUCCUUAUUUCAGUGGGUUGCUGGCUGCAUACAGACCGCAGGCUAUUAUUCAAUCGCAGGCUGGAUCCCAAAUGUUGGGGAUGGCACCUGGACGUGUUCCAUUGCCACUUAACCUUGCAGACGACGGACCAAUCUACGUCAAUGCAAAACAAUAUCACGGAAUUCUUCGGAGGAGGCAGUCACGUGCAAAGCUGGAGGCUCAAAACAAACUAGUCAAAGCUCGAAAGCCUUAUCUUCAUGAGUCGAGGCAUCUUCAUGCCCUGAAUAGGGUCAGAGGAUCAGGCGGCCGCUUCCUCAGCAUGAAAAAGCGUCGGCAGCUCAGCCCAGGUUCAAGCAAUCACAGCCCAUGUGCCACUGGACCUAGAGAUCGAAAUGAAGACGGUUGCGGACCCGAAACUCACCUAGUGGGGGCCAGUGAGCGGCAGUUCACUUCAACCAUGACCAGUUCCAGUGUCUUGAGCAUGUCAAACAGCAAUGCGGACUUCUAUCCGGAUAGCAGGUUCUCCGGAAUCUCCGCCCACAUGAGAGGAGCGAUGCAGUGCAACGAGGGGCUCAUGCGCCGCGGCGCAGCCCAGCACUGCUCUUCAUCCGUCCGGUGAGUAAGUGGUGCGCGGUUCUAAACCCACUACGUCACUAGAUGGGGCAAAUCAUCCUUGGCUUUGUUAGGUUUAAUUCCCAACUGUUCCUUUGGUCGCGUGACGACUGACUGACGCCGCCGUGUUGUCUGAUACUCUUUUACUGAUGUUGAUUGAGAAAUUCAAGUUAAAUGUGUCGGUAGAUCUGUAGAAGUGUCCAUGAAGCCUUCCUGGUCAUCCCGGUUCUUCGUGAGUAUGUUGUAAUUGUUCAUUGCAUGUCUCUGUCUGUGUUUGCUUAAGAAAUUGCCGUACACAUUGCUUCUGGCCUGCAGGAAAAGAAAACUUCCGC